AUGGGCAUAGAAAAAUAUUUAAGCAAGCUGAAAGAAGACGGCUGCAAAGACAAGAUACGCAGCACUCUUAUGGAACUUGGAAGUUUGUCGGCCACCUCGCUUGACAACCCCGAAAUAGUCAACAGUCUGCUGGCGCUCAGCCAAAACAGCGACCUUUUGAUUUCUCUGAAGGCGCUGCAAAUACUCACUCGCGUGUACCAGCACAAAAAAACAGCGAGCCCAGAGUACUACAAAACCGUGGCUGAGGCGAUCCGAGAGGACCCGGACAGCAAAAAGACCGAGCAGGUCCUCAUGUUUUUGCAGAAGCUGUGCACUGUAGACUAUCAGAAAGAGAGGUUCCAAAUACAGCUUUUCACAGAAAACAAAAUACGCGAGGAAAUAGCGCAGAAUACAGAACUGUUCACGGCAAUACUAAAUGUGUGCACGAAGCGAACGUGCAAGUAUCAGGGCCUGCUUCUUCUGUGGCUGCUGACCUUUUCGCACAAGGCGCUGAAAAUCCUCAUGGUCUCUCCCAUGUUCUACAUGCUCUCGUUUAUAUCGAAGGACGGGAAGGAGAAAGAGCUUCGCGUGUCGCUCAGCAUCAUAAAGAACUAUCUCCGGUUCACCGACAAGUACAACUACGGGACAUUCCAGAAAAUAGAAGAGCUUCUCUCUGUGGUGUCGCACCGGGGGAACAAGGAGGACCCGGAGGAGCAAGAAGACCUAGAGUACUGCCGGAAGAGGUACAUAAAGCUCUCGCAGAACGUGUCGACGUUUGACGCGUAUUUGGAGGAGCUGCGGUGCGGAACCCUGCAGCCGUACCCAUACCAUUUCAGCACGGAGUUCUGGAAGAACAACCUAAACAACCUCAUUAUUAGAAGAUCAGACAUCAUCAAAACGCUGAAAAGAUUCCUAAAGUCAGACGACCCGAACAACGUCUGGAUCUCUGCAAAUGACAUAUACAGAAUUGUAGAGGUGUACCCAGAAUCUGUUUCGCUAAUCCGGCAAAUGAACAUCCACCUGACCCUAUUUGAGAUACUCUCCAGCAAGACCAGCGAAGACAUUCGAUUCCACGCCAUGGAGGCGCUCAGCGUCUGCUACACAAAGGAGUAG